AAUCAUCGUUGGUGAAUGUCAUGGUAUAAUAAUCAAGGAAAUUAUAGAUCGUUAUAUUUCAAGUCCAUAAAGUAACAAUGCAGCAUAAGCUUCAGGUGAGGAAAAAUACAGACAUUACAACACAGAAAUGCAAAGUUGACAUACCAACUCUCAGACAUCUUGGGAUUAAGCCAGGAUCAUUUGCAGCUAUUUUAUUUGAGAACACAGAAUUCAUCUGUCAAGUUUGGCCAAUUCCUCAUUUAUCAGGAACUGGGAUAGAAGUCGGCACUGCAGUGACAAGGUCAGCUGAACAGAAGACAGACAAGGCCUGUACAAUUAAACAACUGGAUGUUGUACCAGGGAAAAGUAUUAGCGUGAGCAUUGUAGUGACAAAGGCACAAGAUGUUAAAGUAUACAGAAAAAUGAAGACAGAGUGUGCCCGUAGCUUGGAAGAUAUCUGUAGGGGGCUAUUAUAUAAAAUCUGUGUAUCUUCCAAGGCUGUUGUGGACAAGGAGACUUGUAUGCUGGCAAAAUUACAUGGUAUCUCUUUUAUUCUGAUUGACAUUGUAUCUGAUUGGGAUUAUUGUAUUGUUGACAAUACCACCACUAUAACUGUGAAUGAUAUACAAAGUAGAGAACAUUACAUGCAAAAACAGACAAUUGCCCAGACCACUCCUUUAGGAGGCUUAGAUAAAGUUGAGGAGGAGUUGAUGGAAUUUCUCUCUGCAUCUUUUAGUGUAAAAUCUAAUGUAAACAACACCUUGAGGCUCCCCAGAGGAGUUCUUCUCCGAGGCCCACCAGGAACAGGGAAAACUUCACUUGUUAAACACAUCUGCAACAAAUGUAAUGCUUUCCUAAUCUCUAUUAAUGGACCAGAAGUGUUUGGAUCACGUCCAGGGGAAACAGAGGAGAACAUAAAAGGAGUGUUUGAGAAAGCCUUUCUCAUGAGUGAGGAGGGCCCUUGUGUUAUUUUCUUGGAUGAGAUCGAUUCCGUUUGUCCAAAGAGGCGGGACUCUGAUGAUACCAAUAAUACAAGAUCAACAAGUGUGUUUCUUAAUUACCUAGACAAAAUUAGUGACUGUGCAAACUUAGCUGUGAUUGGGGCCACCAACAGACCAGCAGCCCUUGACCCGAGUGUGAGGCGACCAGGAAGACUGGACAAAGAGAUUAUGAUAAAUGUUCCUACACUUAGUCAGAGAAAAGAAAUAUUGAGACACCAUUGUUCUGGAUUAAGAGUUGAUUCAGGACUGGAUCUGAAUGAGAUAGCCAAGAUGACCAAUGGAUAUGUAGGAGCUGAUCUGAUGUCUCUCUGCCAUGAAGCAGCAUUUAGCGCCAUGAGCUUUCUUCAGUCAGAUCUGAUAGUUGAUAAGGUAGUGGACAUUCCAUUGAUAACAACAGAACACUUUAAGGAAGCACUCAGGAAAGUAAUGCCCUCUACUCAGAAGGGGUCACCAUGCACCACUGAUUUUGACCCUGUACACUGGGAGGAUAUUGGUGGUCUGGAGGAAGCAAAACUUAAAAUUCAGCAAGCAGUGGAGUGGCCUAUUAAACACCCGGAAGCCUUCCUUCGUAUGGGUCUACCAAGCCCACGAGGUGUUUUGUUGUAUGGGCCUCCAGGAUGUUGUAAGACCACACUGGUCAAGGCAGUGGCCACAUCAUCUAAUGCCACUUUCCUGUCCAUUAGCGGUGCCCAGCUGUUCUCACCCUAUGUUGGGGACUCGGAGAAACUCAUUUCAGAGGUAUUCCAGAGAGCCCGUGCAGGUGCCCCUUCCCUCAUUUUCUUGGAUGAGAUUGACUCAAUCAUUGGCAAGCGAUCUGAUGGGACAUCACAACGAGGGGUCCAAGAGAGGGUAUUGUCUACGUUACUCAAUGAGAUGGAUGGAAUUGGAAUCAGAUUGGAUGAGAAAACAGAUUCUUUACAAACAGGAGAGGAUGGAUUAGUCCCAGACAUAGCCAAUAAAAGUGUGCUGGUAGUAGCUGCCACGAAUCGACUGGACAUGUUGGAUGAGGCUCUCACCAGACCAGGCAGAUUUGACAGAUCUGUGUUUGUACCCCCACCAGAUAUACAGGGUAGGCUAGAAAUUCUUAAGAUUUGCACAAAAACCAUGCCAAUGAAAGAUGCUGAUUUGUCUGAACUUGCCAUAAAGACUGAAAACUACACAGGAGCGGAUCUAAAAAAUCUCUGCCGAGAGGCUGCCUUGCUGGCAUUGACAGAGAACUUGUCAUCUGACGUCAUUACUGGAGAGCACCUCAACACAGCCUUGUCUAUAGUGAAGCCCUCAAUCACCUCCUCUCUACUGACAAAAUACAAACACUGUCCAAAGGAGAAAAAACUUAUCAUCUGACAUCAUCACAGAAGAGCACCUCAACACAGCCUUGUCUAUAGUGAAGCCCUGAAUCACCUCACUACUGACAAAAUACAAACACUGUCUAAAGGCAAAAAAAAAAACUUCAUCUGACAUCAUUGGGGAAGAGCACCUCAACACAGCCUUGUCUAUAGUGAAGCCCCCAAUCACCUGCUCUCUACUGACAAAAUACACUGUCCAAACGAGAAAAAACUUCACAUCUGACAUUAUCAGGGGAGAGCACCUCAACACAGCCUUGUCUGUAGUGAAGCCCUCAAUCACCUCCUCUCUACUGACAAAAUACAAACACUGUCCAAAGGAGAGAAAAAAACUUAUCAUCUGACAUCAUCAGGGGAGAACAUCUCAACACAGCCUUCUCUAAAGUGAAGCCCUCAAUCACCUCCUCUCAACUGAUGAAAUACAAACACCGUCUAAAGGAGAAAAAAACAUCAUCUGACAUCAUCAAGGGAGAGCACCUCAACACAGGAUUGUCUAUAGUGAAGCUCUCAAUCACCUCCUCUCUACUGACAAAAUACAAACAUGGCCCAAAGGAGAAAAAAAUUUCAUCUUGUGAACAUUUUGCUGAGCAAUUAACGAAUGUGAAAGAAUUUUUUCUAUGUUCAAUGAAUUAAUUUCUUUUGAAAGUAAUUUUUUAUAACACACAUAAAUAUUUAUGAAUUAAAAGAGCAUGAUAUGAAUUGCAGAAGUAUAUGAAACUUGCAUGAGUCAUUGGUGUCCAUUACUUAGUUUAAGAAUACUUUAAUAAGCUCUACUAGUCAUAGCCAGAAGUGUCCAUUAUCUUUCCUUAAGGAGUGUAAGAUUCAAGUUUCUUCAAGUUGUAGCCCUAGGGUCUCGGAUAUAGCUGAGAAAGGAGGUUAAAGUUCUAUAGGCAGAUAUGCCAACGAUGACAAAGCAUUAUUUCCACAAUUUGUCAUUGACAAUUAUGCUUUUAAUGCUUUCUUUACUCUUUGAACAAAAUCUGGAAUUUUUAGUUUCCCCAGACCAAAGUUUAGAUUGUUCUUACCAUGUUAUCUGAAGCCAUUAUAUAUAUAGACUACUGUACAUGUAUCAAUAUUUUUAUGAAAAUCUUUUAAAAUAUUAAGAUUGUUGUUCUGUCAAAAUGGGAAAUAA